UGUUUAAUGCUUACAGGCAAGUUGGUGUAACAUGACUGUAGUAUUGCAGUGAUGAUUCAUACAUUGUGUCAGACGCUUGAGAAGGAUUUUAUAAAUACAGCGUUCCCCCCUUAGAGUGCACGUACUUGGAUGUUGGGUGUGCUGCUGUUCGAUAUUUGUUUGUGGCGUGUAUCACCUUAGUGAUGGAAUUUCCGCAUCUGGGUGAGCAGUGUUCCGAGCUGUCAUGUAAGCAGUUAGAUUAUCUGCCAUUGAAGUGUGAUGCAUGUGAAAAAAUUUUCUGUAAAGAUCAUGUCUCGUAUAACAGCCACAGCUGUCCUUCAGCAUAUAAAAAAGAUGUACAGGUGCCAGUGUGUCCACUGUGCAAUGUACCUAUACCUGUGAAACGAGGAGAACCGCCUGAUAUCGCAGUUGGUGCGCACAUUGACAGUGACUGUCAGUCUCACACUGCCAAAACUAGUAGAAAGGUCUUUGCUAACCGUUGCUCUGCUAAGGGCUGCAAGCAAAAAGAAGUUGUCCGUGUACAAUGUGCAGAGUGUCGUCUGAAUUUCUGUCUGAGGCACCGCCACCCAGUUGAUCAUAAUUGUGAAGGUGCUGAAGCAGCUCGCAGGAGGAGAGCUGUGGAGGCAGUUCUUGCUCGUCAGAAUGGUCCAGGCUACAACAAGAAUGUGUCCAGCUCCACAAACACACGAACAGCCACUGCUGCACAGUUGCAGGGUGGAUUGAGUGAAGAUGAAGCUCUUGCACGUGCCAUUGCCUUAUCAUUAGAAGAUUCAGAUGGCAGAAGACAACCAAACAGGCAACACACAGUACAACCAGCGAAGUGUGCUGUAUCUUAGCAGUCAUCAGCUCUUUUUCU